GAGCUGAGCACAGACAGAAAAUUGUACUUCUCCGAAGAACUCUCUCAUCAUGCAGUACUCUUUGGUCUUCUUGGCUCUUGUUGGCUUGUCUGCUGCUGCUGUUCAGCAACAGCACAACAACAACAACAACAAUGUUUUCAACAACGAGAAGGAUGGAGUAAGCUUCUACUACAACCCAUUCUACAACAGGAACUACAACCCAUACAACUACGAGGGCAACUUCCCCUACUACAACAACCAGAACAACUACCCUUACAACUACUACAACAACCAGAACAACUACCCUUACAACUACUACAACAACCAGAACAACUACCCAUACAACUACUACAACAACCAGAACAACUACCCAUACAACUACUACAACAACCAGAACAACUACCCAUACAGCAAGAACUUCAACAACCAGAAUGAAGUCAACCAGCACCAGAACUAUGUGAACAACCAGUUCAACCAUCAGAACCAGAACAACCAGUUCACCAACCAGGUCCAGAACAACAACCAGUUCAACCACCAGAACCAGAACAACCAGUUCAACCACCAGAACCAGAACAACCAGUUCACCAACCAGGUCCAGAACAACAACCAGUUCAACCACCAGAACCAGAACAACCAGUUCAACCACCAGAACCAGAACAACCAGUUCACCAACCAGGUCCAGAACAACCAGUUCAACCAACAGAACCAGAACAACCAGUUCAACCACCAGAACCAGAACAACCAGUUCACCAACCAGGUCCAGAACAACAACCAGUUCAACCACCAGAACCAGGAGAACAACAACCAGUUCACCAACCAGGUUCAGAACAACAACCAGGUCCAGAACAACAACCAGUUCACCAACCAGGUUCAGAACAACCAGUUCAACCACCAGAACCAGGAGAACAACAACCAGAACCAGAACACCCAGAACCAGAACAACCAGAACCAGAACAACAACCAGAACCAGAACAACCAGAACCAGAACAACAACCAGAUCCAGAACAACCAGUUCAACCACCAGAACCAGAACCAGCAAGUUGAAGAGACUACUGAGGUACUGAUCGCUGGUCACAAGGACAACCACUACUACAACCAGAACCAAUACAGAAACUACAACCCAUACAACAACUACUACCCAUACAACAAGAACUACAACCAGAACAACUACCCAUUCAACAACUACAACAACCAGAACAACUACCCAUACAACUACAACAACCAGAACAACUACCCAUACAACAGGAACUACAACAACGUGAACAACUACCCAUACAACAAGAACUACAACCAGAACAACUACCCAUUCAACUACAACAACCAGAACAACUACCCAUUCAACUACAACAACCAGAACAACUACCCAUUCAACUACAACAACCAGAACAACUACCCAUACAACUACAACAACCAGAACAACUACCCAUACAACAGGAACUACAACAACUACUACCCAUACAACAAGAACUACAACAACCAGAACAACUACCCAUUCAACUACUACAACAACCAGAACAACUACCCAUACAACACCGUCAACAACCAGAACAACAACUUGUAAACUCAUAUCUGUUUCAACAGCAAAGUCAAGCAGAUAAUGAAAUCAACAAAACUUUAAUGCAUCACACUCUAUUCUAUACUAACUAUUAUCAGCAUGGAAUUUCACUCACUGAUAUAUUGAUAUAUGAAAUCUAAUGUUCUCUCAAUAACUGUAAAGUGAUAUUCUCGAUAUGUGACUCAAUUAAAUUGAGAUGAAUUAUGAAAUUGGUCAAGAAAAUAAUAAAUUAAAGUUUUGUAAGAA